AUGCCCGCAGUGACCAGGCCAGUCCUCCCUCCCCUCCAGACCCCCAAGAACGCCUCGUUCCCCUCCGAGAUCGUCGCAACCCCGAUAUCAUGCGUGUCGGCCGUCAUCAAGCAAGAGAAUGCGAAUCUAAGCACUCCUAUUACACCUCCAGUGGCCUACACCGAGUUCCUCAAGGCUUUGACUCCUGUCCUGGCUAGUCCUCCCGUGAGCAGCGGACUUCAGAGAUCAUUGUCGGAUGAAUCGACAUGCACACGACACUCUUUGAUCUCCAAUGCAUCCACGUCCUCUAGUCUAUCCUCCGGCAGAAGCGAAAGCCACAAGUCACCGUCCAGUUCCGUCCCACCAACACCGCACGCUCGUCGGACUCCCACUCACUUGAGGCGGCUGCGGAUACCACAUUCGCCAGCGUUCUCUCCAGCUACCUCGGGACCCUCUCCGCGGACUGCUAUGAGUGGGAUGAGCACUGGCGGCAUCUACUCUCCGUUCUCGCCGGCAGACUGGAACUGCGAGAGUGCAACUCGCCGAUAUUUCGAAGCGCCCAGGAGCGCGUGCUCGAAGUCUGUCAAUGUUCGAUCCGUUGUGACGAGGACGGUGACGUAUAAGCGUUCGCCGCCCCUCGACCCAGCGCCCAAAGGCAAGAAACGCAAAACCAGCCCAGCGGAGAUGCCGCCGCCGGCGGUGUCGAAAGACUUUGCCGGCAUCAAAGCGGCUGAUUUUCCGUCUACACUGAUCGAGCCACCAACACCUGUCACGAGUUCGCCUACUGCGUCGGCCAACCUCAGUCCACCAGUGGUCACUCCUCCUCCGACUGCAGUUAUAUGA